AUGAAGCAAAAUGGGGUUGAAUCCACGGAGCUUCCAAAUGCCAUUGUGGGAGACCUGGAUUCCAUCAGCCUGGACACUCGAAAGCACUACGAGGGUUUGAAUGUCACUGUGAUCGAAGAUCCAGACCAGUAUUCCACAGACUUCACAAAAUGUCUCCGGUACCUCAAAGCAAAUAUCCAAUCCGUUUUAUCAGUAUCAUGUUCCACAUCACCUCGAUUCACAGGCACUCACCAGACGCAUAGCCAUGAUGGGGAGCCGUGUUUAGAUGUUCUGGUCUUGGGCGGCCUGGGUGGCCGUGUCGACCAAGCUUUCUCCCAAAUCCACCAUCUCUAUUCUGCGUCGCUAUCCCCCGCGUCUGCUGCCGACAGGCCAACUGGAGGUUUGUACUUAAUCUCGGAAGAAAGCAUCACCUUCCUCCUUCACGAGGGGGAAAAUACCAUUCUCACACCCGGCGGGAGCCUACUGGAUGCACAACCUCGCCGGGAAUCAGCUCCGGGAUCCAAAGUCCACGGUUGUUCUGAUGAAGAGACUUUGGUCUCUAGUACAGUACAGCAAUGUUAUCUAUCCGAGAACGUCGGAAUCAUACCAGUUGGUGGUCCUUCUGUAAUCAACACGAAGGGCUUUGAAUGGGACGUGCACGACUGGAAAACCGAAUUCGGCGGACAAGUCAGCACAAGCAAUCAUAUUCGCGCCGACAUGGUUGAAGUGAUAACUACAAAGCCGGUGCUGUUUACCGUCGAGUUGGCGAAUUGGUUGAAGUUCGCUGGAAAGAGAGUAUGA